UUAUUUGUUUGGUGAAUUUUCUCAUUUAAUAAAGUUGGGUGAAAAAACCUCUCUUGACCUGAGACCCCAGUUUUCUUGGAAAACCACUUCCUCUCUCUCUCUACAAAACCCCCCACAAAUCCCCAUGUUUUGGCACAUACCCACCUAUUUUUCUCACUCAUUUUCUCGCCUCCCAAACAAAAACCCAACUUCAAUUCAUACUAAAAAGAGUGAUGCGAUUAAGCUGUAAUGGAUGUCGAAUUCUCCGGCGAGGGUGCGCCAAGAACUGUUCCAUCAGACCUUGUCUUCUCUGGAUCAAAUCCUCACUCUCUCAAUCCAACGCCACUCUCUUCCUCGCCAAAUUCUAUGGCCGCGCUGGUCUCAUCAACCUCAUCAAUGCCGGUCCUCUCCAUCGCCGACCUGAUAUAUUCAAGUCAUUGCUAUACGAAGCUUGUGGUCGUAUUGUGAAUCCAAUUAGCGGCUCAACCGGCUUGGUCCAGUCAGGAAGCUGGCACUUAUGCGAAGCCGCAGUGGAAGCCGUACUGAGAGGUGAGCCUAUUAAGCCGGCUUCUGAUGAGUUGGUGGGGAAUUUGAGCUGUGAUAUUCGCCACGUGGCGAAGAGAGAGAGCUCUGUGUUGUGUGAUCGGCUUAAGGUUCAGACUCGGCGACGGCUCAGGAGGAAGAAGGUGGCUAAGGUUGAGGAAUCGGAGACCGAGUUUGGGACUGAGUCGGCUCAGUUGGUUUUGUCUGGGCCGCCUGUGAGUCACGACUCGGAGGAGGAAACUCGGCUGCAGCAGCGGCUGAGUCAGGGUGGAGCCGAUAGCGGAGAGGAGGAUAGUGGCGGCUCGGUGGCUUUGGUUGUGAAGCCGAAGCUCGGCUUGGGUGAUGAAGUAGAUUUGGAGCUGACUUUGGGCUCUGCAUUGUGGAAUUUUGACAACGGAUUUUAAUUUUUUAAAAUUUAAUUUUACAAAAUGAAAAAAUAAAUAAUUUACAUAUUUUUUCAAAAAAGAAA